AACCGGAGAAAGUAAACAAAGUCUCAUCUCAUCUAUAAUCUCUUCAAAGACCACCCUUUCUCUUUCUCUCUUUUCCCUCAUCUUGUUCUUCAGCUCUCUCUCUCUCUCUUCUGUUUCUCUGUGUAUGUGAAGGAUCAGAAGGAAAGAAAACCAGAGGUAUCAAUGGAAUCUAUCUCUCCAAGAUACAGAGAGACACAAAACACAAGCGCAUCGCUCUUGCCAUCGCCGAAUAGCCGGAGCUCGAACAGUAGCAGUAGCAGCAGCACCACCAACAGCAAUGGACUGCAACACACACCGCCACCAACGCCGCCGCCACUGCCACACCAACACCAACCACAACCGCUCAAACCCAUAACCAGAUCCGACUCCGCCAACCCGUACCCGACGACAUUCGUCCAGGCAGACACCUCAUCCUUCAAACAAGUCGUCCAAAUGCUCACCGGAUCCUCCGAGACAGCCAAGCACGCCUCAGUUGGGAAGCCAACCGGCGGGCCGUCAUCCGACCCGCCGUCCAAGACCCACAUCCCACCCAUCAAAUCGGUCAUGCCCAAGAGACAGCAAUCCGGGUUCAAGCUCUACGAGCGCCGGAGCUCCAUCAAGAACCUCAAGAUCAACCCUUUAAUCCCUGUGUUCGCUUCGAACAGUUCUGGGUUCUCGCCCCGCAAGCCGGAGAUCCUCUCUCCGAGCAUUCUAGACUUCCCGGCGCUCGCUCUCAGCCCAGUCACGCCGCUCAUACAUGACCCUUUUGACCGAUCCGCUUACAAAUCAUCCAACAUCAACGCCAGUGGUAAUGCUAAGAUGGACACGGAGGCCGAGGAGAAAGCGAUCAAAGAGAAGGGCUUUUACUUGCACCCCUCGCCGGCGACGACGCCGAGGGAAUCCGAGCCCAGGCUUUUGCCUCUCUUUCCGACGACAUCGCCGAGAGUUUCAGGUUCUUCUUCUUCUUGAAAUAAUUAAUUUUUAACUUUCUGUAAGAUUUUAUGUAUUAAUAUUGGCAUUGGCGAGGAGGAUGAAAAACGAUAUAUUUGUAAUGGGAUGUUUGCAGAGAAUGAGAGCUUCUUGCUUCAA